AUGCCCACGAAGCAUGUAUUUCUCAAGUUCGCUGGCUUGGUCAUUAUUAGCAGUCCUGAGAUUAUCCGCGAGAUGUUCGUCAACCGCGGUGUCAUCUAUUCCGGUAGACCAGUGCUCUACGUUAGCCGUGACCUGAUAUUCCCGGACCAGGAUCACAUGUUCAUGAUGCAGAACGACGAGAUGCUGCGGCGCACCAGAACUGCCUUUAAGCGACUCACCGGGCCGGCCGGACUCAAAGAGGCACUACCGUUCCAAGAAGCCAUCACGUCUAAGUUGGUCUCGGAUCUGUCCGUUGACGAGCAGUCUCCGGAGAGGUGCAUCCGGCUGUGGAGUUUCAGGACUGCCAUGACCGCCAUACUGGGCCCAGUUGCAGACGACAAAGCUUCUGAAGUGCUUGAUGAGUGGACGCUCAUACAGCACAGGCUCGUCGAGAGCGUUGAGGCAACCAUGUCCUCCGCGUUUGAAUUGCUGCCUUUCCUGAAAUACUUGCCAUUCAUCCCUGGAAAAGAGAACGCAAGGCAAAUCGGAGUCUCUUUGCGUGCUAUGUACACAGAUCUAUUCGGACGUUUGAGAUUUUAUCUGUCUCAAGCUCAAAGUUCUGUCGUUGACAUCAAGUACUGGGGACUAGUUGGCAACAUUAUACGGGACCAAGAAAAGGAGAAAGAGGGAGUGGAAAACCACAAAUCCCAUUUCACCGACUCACAACUCAAGACACUGGCGCAAUUUGUGCAGGAUGCGGCAACAGACACGACGCUCUCGACUGCAAUGACUUGCAUCAUGGCUCUAACGGCACAUCCACACCUACUACAGAAGGUUCAGGAAGAGGUGGGUACUGUCUGCGGCCGAGGGAACGUGCCGUCACAGAACCUUGACAAGUUGCCCUAUGUGAAAGCAUGCGUGCUUGAGGCAUUGCGGUGGAGGCCACCAGCGCCUGUUCUGCUCCCACAUCGACUUGAGCAGGACGACCACAUACGAGGGUUCUUCAUUCCCAGGGGGACGAUGAUCAUCGCGAACGCAUGGGCCGCUAAUCACGACCCAGCACAUUUCGACAAGCCAGAGAUCUUCAACCCCGAUCGCUUCGUGGGCGUCGAAAGCUAUCCGGGCUUGUAUCCCUUCGGAAUCGGUCGUCGAUCGUGCCCGGGUGAUCAAUUUGCGCUGAACACCUUGAUCAUUGUGAUCGCAAAACUUGCAUCGACUUUCGACUUCGCCUUCGAUGGCCCGGCCCCGGACUCUAGCAUUGAGAAUGGGUACAAUGCUGGUGUUGUCAUGUCGCCGAAAGCGUUCCCUGUCAAGUUCAUCCGGAGGAAAGCUUGA